ACUUGUGCAACCAGUAAAAAGCUCAGCGGACAAAGUGAAGAAAUCAGAAGCGAAACGACGUCACACGUGAUUUUUCCCGGAACUCUGACCUGUUUUUGAAGUUUUCUCGUGCCCGGCGCCACCUGCAGCAACGACGUGCUGCGCUGAAGCCUCAAACAGAACUCUGGAUGUCGAAGCUGGAUCGGAGACUAGCUUCAUUAUGAGAUGUCUCCCAGCGCGUCUUUCGUGCAGAUCAAGUUCGAUGACAUCCACUUCUAUGAGAACUGUGGCGGCGGCAGCUUUGGUAGCGUGUACCGAGCCAGGUGGAUAUCCCAAGACAAAGAGGUGGCGGUGAAAAAAUUGCUCAAGAUUGAAAAUGAGGCCGAAAUCCUCAGUGUCCUCAGCCACCGUAACAUCAUUCAGUUUUAUGGAGCAGUUGUUGAAGCUCCAAACUAUGGAAUCGUCACUGAGUAUGCCAGCGGUGGCUCACUGUAUGAUUAUCUGUCGAGUGAUGAAAGUGAGGAGAUGGACAUGGGACAGAUCAUGACUUGGGCUGCAGAGAUUGCCAGAGGGAUGCACUAUUUGCACACAGAAGCCCCUGUUAAGGUGAUCCACAGAGACCUAAAAUCCAGAAAUGUUGUUUUGACUGCUAACAAAAUUCUAAAGAUCUGUGAUUUUGGAGCAUCUAAGUUCUUGACCCACACGACACACAUGUCCUUAGUGGGCACGUUUCCUUGGAUGGCUCCAGAGGUGAUCCAAAGCUUCCCUGUGUCUGAAACAUGUGACGCCUUCUCCUAUGGUGUGGUACUCUGGGAAAUGCUCACCCGUGAGAUACCCUUCAAAGGCCUAGAAGGCCUGCAAGUGGCCUGGCUCGUAGUGGAGAAGAACGAGAGGUUAACCAUACCAAGUGGCUGCCCUCCCAGCUUUGCUAAACUCAUGAGAAAGUGCUGGGCAACAGAACCAAAGGAAAGGCCUAUGUUUAAGCAGAUCCUGUCUACUCUGGAGUCUAUGUCUAAAGACAGCCAACUUCCUCAACAGUGCAACUCUUUCCUUCACAACAAGGCUGAAUGGAGGUGUGAGAUUGAAGCUACACUUGAGAGGCUGAAGAAGCUGGAGAGAGACCUGAGCACCAAAGAGCAGGAGCUGAAGGAGCGAGAGCGGCGUCUGAAGAUGUGGGAGCGCAAACUCAUUGAACAGUCCAACAGCCCAUUGCUGCCCACCCUUGAUAUAUACACCUGGACAGAGGAGCAUGUGUAUUUCUGGAUGCAGCAGUUAUUUGGUACAGGGCAUGGUACAUGUGACAUGCAGCUUUACGCUGACCUGUUCAAAGACAAUCACAUCACUGGAAAGAGGUUGCUGCUUCUUACAGAAAACGACAUGCGAGACAUGGGGGUCAAGUCCAAAGGCCACGCCAUGCACCUUAAGGCUGAAAUUGAAAAGCUAGCCAAUGAUUACCUUGGGUUAGUCCACUUCCCACCACUGCUGAAGGAUGAGCUGGAAAAGGAGGUGGAGCAAAGUAAAACCGUAAAUCUGGAGCUGGUGUUUGGGUACCACUGGAAACCAGGAACAGGAAAGUUUGACUGCAAAUGGAAAAUGUACAUGGAACUUGAUGGAGAUGACGUAGCCAUGACCUACAUUAAAGAUGUUGUCUUUAAUGCCAACCGACAGGAUGUGGAAAUCCUGCGGAUGACUAAGCCACCUUUUGUAAUGGAUAAAUGGAUUGUUGGACUACAGCAGAACCAGAAAGUGGACUACACUGUCAAUUAUGAGAAUGAUGUCAAGUCACCAAAGUCUACCAGACACAGCUGCCUGGUAGAGUGGAGUGUCAGUAGUUUACAAGAUGAAAUCAAGACUGUGGCGUUGGUCAUAGAAACAGCUCAAGCUAAUGUAGACUGGAACCCUGGAGACAAAACAAACCGUGAUAUUGAUCCAACAUGGAUGCACAAUGUUAAGCAGAGGCAGAUGAUGAACCAAAACUCACAGCAGCAGACUGCUCCUCUGACCAGCUCUGAUGCCCGCACUCUGCCUCAGUUCCUCUCUGCGCAUGAAAGCCAAGGGUUUUCUUAUGCUGCAGCUGUGCGCCGCUCUCCAAACCGCCUCCAUGUGUCUCCCUGGACUGACUCUCGCAGCACCUCUCCAACUACCAGCCUGUCGGCCAAACUCUCACCGCUCAGUCUGGGGUCGAAAGGCAGCAGUCCCUCCAGCACUACGUCAGAGAGCACCUUAGAGCGAGAGCGCCCACGCAGUGCUGGAGCUUUAUUCAGUGAUCGCAGAGGCAGCUACUUUGGCAACACAUUAGCGGUGGGAGGGGGGCAUGGUAGGGGGCAAUCAUGGACCAAUCAUAGAGGAAGCCAUAUUUAUAAUAAAACCAGCAAAACCUCACGACAGCCAGGGAGGCCUCGAUCUAACAGUUACAGUGUCACACAACAGAACCGCCCACCAAUGAUACCGGGUAUCCUCUCUGUGACAGGAAACCCCAGUGAGGAAAAAGAGGGGAGCAAAGCCAGCGAUGGAGGGUGGAUUAAAGUGGAACGUCAGAAAAGAUCACCACGUCAGGACAAUAAACAAGUGAAAGGUCGACCAAGGAGAGGGGGCAGGGGAGGGCGUGGUGCAGGUGGAAGAACUUGAUGUGGGCCACGAGCGAGCUGACAGCUUCUCAUGUUGAACAUGCACUGAAAAGCUUUUACAUAUUAAUUAUAUCCACAGACAUGCUCAAAAAAUUAACUGCUUGUUGUGAGAGAAUAAUAAUCAUGUCUGAUGUAUAUGUGUAUUUGACCUUCUGUUUUUUGUUUUAUUUUUUAAAUCUGGCUCUUUUUAAAAUGAGUCCAUAUGCUCAGAAUGUAUUUAUUAUUAUCAGAUAUUUCUGUCAGUUACUCAUUACAUUUGCUAAAUGACAGCUGACAUCCACUGCUAUAGUUGCAUUUAAAAAAUACUAUUUAACUGCCUUUUUCACAAGUAGUACCAAGAUAAAAUAAACAUUUUCCAGUCUC